AUGUUGUCGACAGUCUUCAAAGUCUGCGCGUUGGCCGCUCUCGUCGACGCUCGCCAGAAGUUUUCUCCGCGUCAGACCGCGUUCACCCAGACUGCGGAAUUCCUCGCGGCCGCGGAUGAAAAGGGAGACUGCACAAAGGCGGACGAAUUCGAGGCGGCCUGCUAUGAGGGGGCCAAAGAUGAUGCAGAGAAAAAAGCCAUUUCUGAUAAGGCACCAAAAGGAAAAGUGAUCGCGAAGGGAGCAAAGAAGGAAGACGUCAAGGCCGCAUGCUGUCCCCCGGCCAAGUCCGACGGUGGAAGCUGUGGCAGCUCCUGCCGCUAA